AUGGGGCCGGCGCUGGUGCGGCGCGGGGGCUGCCUGCUGCUCUGGCUGGCCCUGCUGCUGGGCUGCUGGGCCGAGCUGGGCAGCGGGCUGGAGUUCCCGGGGGCGGAGGGCCAGUGGACCCGCUUCCCCAAGUGGAACGCCUGCUGCGAGAGCGAGAUGAGCUUCAACAUGAAGACGCGCAGCUCCAGUGGGCUGGUGCUCUACUUUGACGACGAGGGCUUCUGUGACUUCCUGGAGCUCAUCCUCACCCAGGGCGGGAGGCUGCAGCUCAGCUUCUCCAUCUUCUGCGCCGAACCCGCCACCCUGCUCUCCGACACGGCCGUCAACGACAAUCUCUGGCACGCCGUCGUCAUCCGCCGCCACUUCAAGAACACGACGUUGAUCAUCGACCGGGCCGAGGCCAAGUGGGUGGAGGUGAAGUCCAAGCGGCGGGACAUGACUGUCUUCAGCGGCCUCUUCUUAGGGGGGCUCCCGCCUGAGCUGCGGUCAGCCACGCUAAAGCUGACGCUGGCCUCCGUCAAGGACCGGGAGCCCUUCAAGGGCUGGAUAACGGACGUCCGGGUCAACUACACGCAGGCAUCGCCGGUGGAGAGCCAGGAGGUGCGGCUGGAUGACGAGCAGAGCCGCCUGUGCGCCAGGGAGGACGUCUGCCUCAACGGGGGCGUCUGCUCGGUGCUCAACGACCAGGCCGUCUGCGACUGCUCCCAGACGGGCUUCCGGGGCAAGGACUGCAGCGAAGAAGACAACUAUGUGGAAGGUCUGGCGCACCUGAUGAUGGGCGACCAAGGUAAAAGUAAAGGAAAAGAAGAAUAUAUUGCAACAUUCAAGGGAUCAGAAUACUUCUGCUAUGAUCUAUCUCAGAAUCCUAUCCAGAGUAGCAGCGACGAAAUAACUCUGUCCUUUAAAACGCUUCAGAGGAAUGGACUGAUGCUUCACACAGGGAAAUCGGCUGAUUAUGUCAACCUCGCACUGAAGAAUGGAGCUGUCUCCUUGGUCAUUAAUCUGGGCUCAGGGGCCUUUGAAGCGCUGGUGGAACCCGUGAAUGGGAAAUUCAAUGACAAUGCCUGGCACGAUGUGAAAGUUACCAGGAAUCUGCGUCAGCACUCAGGCAUUGGACACGCUAUGGUAAACAAACUACAUUGUUCGGUGACAAUAUCAGUGGAUGGAAUUCUGACCACAACGGGAUACACGCAAGAAGACUACACCAUGCUGGGCUCUGAUGACUUUUUCUAUGUUGGAGGCAGUCCUAGCACAGCAGACCUCCCAGGGUCACCAGUCAGUAACAACUUUAUGGGCUGUCUCAAAGAGGUUGUGUAUAAAAACAACGACGUCCGGUUGGAGUUAUCUCGACUUGCCAAGCAAGGAGAUCCUAAAAUGAAGAUUCAUGGGGUUGUAGCAUUUAAGUGUGAGAAUGUUGCAACCUUAGAUCCAAUAACAUUUGAAACACCAGAGUCUUUCAUCUCGUUGCCCAAAUGGAAUGCCAAGAAGACUGGCUCGAUAUCAUUUGACUUCCGUACAACCGAGCCCAACGGCUUGAUUCUGUUCAGCCAUGGAAAACCAAGGCACCAAAAAGAUGCCAAACACCCACAGAUGGUGAAAGUUGACUUUUUUGCCAUUGAGAUGCUUGAUGGCCACCUCUACCUGCUGUUAGACAUGGGAUCAGGUACUAUAAAAAUAAAAGCUUUGCAGAAGAAGGUGAAUGAUGGUGAAUGGUACCACGUGGAUUUCCAACGGGAUGGACGGUCAGGGACCAUAUCUGUGAACACCUUACGUACACCGUACACUGCACCAGGGGAAAGUGAAAUCCUUGACUUGGAUGAUGACUUGUAUCUUGGAGGCUUACCAGAGAACAAAGCAGGCCUUGUCUUCCCAACAGAGGUGUGGACAGCACUUCUCAAUUAUGGAUACGUUGGCUGCAUUAGAGAUUUAUUUAUCGAUGGUCAAAGCAAAGACAUUCGACAGAUGGCUGAAAUUCAGAGCACAGCUGGAGUCAAACCCUCGUGCUCAAGAGAAACUGCAAAGCCUUGCCUCAGCAACCCCUGUAAGAACAAUGGUGUGUGCAGGGACGGGUGGAACAGAUACGUGUGUGAUUGCUCUGGUACAGGCUACCUUGGCAGAUCGUGUGAAAGAGAGGCCACAAUUUUAAGCUAUGAUGGAAGCAUGUUCAUGAAAAUCCAGCUGCCCGUGGUGAUGCACACAGAGGCCGAAGAUGUCUCUCUACGGUUCAGGUCUCAGCGAGCUUAUGGCAUCUUAAUGGCCACGACCUCGAGGGAAUCUGCAGACACCCUUCGCUUGGAGCUGGACGCAGGCCGAGUCAAACUGACGGUCAACCUAGACUGUAUCAGGAUUAACUGUAAUUCCAGCAAAGGUCCAGAGACCCUUUUUGCUGGCUAUAACCUCAAUGAUAAUGAGUGGCACACAGUGCGUGUGGUUCGGCGAGGAAAAAGUUUAAAGUUAAUGGUGGAUGACCAGCAGGCCAUGACAGGUCAAAUGGCUGGUGACCACACACGGCUGGAAUUCCACAACAUAGAAACAGGAAUCAUAACAGAACGGCGCUACCUGUCUUCUGUGCCUUCUAAUUUCAUUGGGCAUCUGCAGAGUCUUACAUUUAAUGGCAUGGCAUACAUUGACUUGUGUAAAAACGGAGACAUCGAUUAUUGUGAGCUAAAUGCAAGAUUUGGGUUCAGGAACAUCAUAGCAGACCCUGUAACCUUUAAAACAAAAGCAAGUUAUGUUGCAUUGGCCACGCUCCAAGCGUACACAUCUAUGCACCUUUUUUUCCAGUUCAAAACCACCUCCCUGGACGGAUUGAUACUUUAUAACAGUGGCGAUGGAAAUGAUUUCAUUGUGGUUGAGUUAGUAAAAGGGUAUUUACACUACGUGUUUGACUUGGGGAAUGGUGCAAAUCUCAUCAAAGGAAGUUCUAAUAAACCCCUGAAUGACAACCAGUGGCAUAAUGUGAUGAUAUCAAGGGAUACCAACAAUCUCCACACUGUAAAGAUCGACACUAAAAUCACAACACAGAGCACAGCGGGAGCCAGAAAUUUAGACCUCAAAAGUGAUUUGUAUAUUGGAGGGGUGGCCAAAGAAAUGUAUAAGUCCUUGCCAAAACUGGUGCAUGCAAAAGAGGGAUUCCAAGGCUGCCUUGCAUCAGUUGACUUGAAUGGGCGGCUCCCCGACCUCAUCUCAGAUGCUCUCUUCUGCAAUGGACAAAUAGAAAGAGGAUGUGAAGUUGCAUUGAUGAAAGCUGAUUUGCAAGGACCCAGCACAACGUGCCAAGAGGAUUCCUGUGCAAACCAGGGAGUGUGCUUACAGCAGUGGGAUGGAUUCAGCUGUGACUGCAGUAUGACCUCCUUCAGUGGACCCUUGUGCAAUGACCCGGGAACAACGUACAUCUUCAGCAAAGGUGGUGGACAGAUCACUUACACGUGGCCUCCUAACGACCGGCCAAGCACUCGUGCGGACAGACUGGCGAUAGGGUUUAGUACUGUUCAAAAGGAAGCCGUGUUGGUGCGAGUGGACAGCUCUACUGGGCUGGGAGACUAUUUAGAGCUGCACAUUCACCAAGGCAAAAUUGGAGUUAAAUUUAAUGUUGGAACUGAUGACAUCUCUAUUGAAGAGAUCAACGCAAUCAUUAAUGAUGGCAAAUACCAUGUAGUACGUUUCACUAGAAGUGGUGGCAAUGCCACAUUACAGGUGGACAACUGGCCAGUUAUUGAGCGCUACCCAGCAGGAAACAAUGAUAACGAGCGCCUGGCGAUUGCUAGACAGCGAAUUCCAUAUCGACUUGGUCGAGUAGUUGAUGAAUGGCUACUCGACAAAGGGCGUCAGCUCACAAUCUUCAAUAGCCAAGCAACCAUUAAAAUUGGAGGCAAGGAACGUGGCCACCCUUUCCAAGGCCAGCUCUCUGGCCUUUACUACAAUGGCUUGAAAGUUCUGAAUAUGGCAGCAGAAAAUGAUGCCAACAUCGUGAUAGAAGGAAAUGUGAGACUUGUUGGUGAAGUGCCUUCCUCUAUGACAACCGAGUCCACAGCCACGGCGAUGCAGUCCGAGAUGUCCACGUCAGUCAUGGAAACCACCACCACGUUGGCCACGAGCACUGCUAGGAGAGGAAAGGCCCCGACAAAAGAGCCUAUUGGUCAGACCACAGAUGACAUCCUGGUGGCCUCGGCUGAAUGUCCUAGCGAUGAUGAGGACAUCGAUCCCUGUGAGCCGAGCUCAGGUGGGUUAGCAAAUCCUACCAGGGCAGGGGGUGGAAGGGAGUACCCAGGCUCGUCCGAAGUGAUCCGUGAGUCCAGCAGCACGACGGGCAUGGUGGUUGGGAUCGUGGCGGCAGCAGCGCUCUGCAUCCUCAUCCUCCUGUAUGCGAUGUACAAGUACAGGAAUCGAGACGAAGGCUCCUACCACGUCGACGAGAGUCGAAACUACAUCAGUAACUCAGCACAAUCCAACGGGGCUGUGAUCAAGGAGAAACAGCCCAACAGCGCUAAAAGCUCCAACAAGAACAAGAAAAACAAGGAUAAAGAGUACUAUGUCUGA